AUGGAUGAUUCAAAGGUGAAGGCCAUCCAAGAUUGGGAGCCGCCAACCAAGGUGACCGAGUUGAGAUCUUUCCUUGGUUUGGUGAACUAUUAUCGGAGAUUUAUCAAGGGCUAUUCUUUCAUUGCCACUCCUUUGGCGGAUCUAUUAAAGAAGGGUCGUGCUUGGGAUUGGUCUAUGAAGUGCCAACAAGCCUUUGAAGGGCUAAAGAAGGCCAUCAUGGAGGAGCCGGUCUUAGCACUUCCCGUAUCUGAAGGCAUUCGAAAUCCAUACGGAUGCUUCCGACUUUGCUAUUGGUGGAGUACUUAUGCAAGAAGGGCAUCCAAUAGCCAGCGAGGAAGGCUGAAUGACAGAAAGAAGUAUACUGUUAAGAGAAGGAGAUAG